UUGUUUCUCCAAUGAUGAUUUGAUGGAGUUGACGGAGCUUCACAUCGCCGAGAGCUUCUUCACGAGAUCCAUGGCGGCGAUCGAUUCUCUCUUCCUUCUCUUCCUCAUUCCUCUCAUCCCACUCUCUCUUCUCGCUAUCUUAGCUCUAAUCGUACGUCCUCGCCCAAUUAAGAUCCCUAUCAAGUCCCGUCACGUCUUCAUCACCGGUGGAUCUAGCGGCAUUGGUCUUGCCUUAGCCCAACGCGCCGCUUCAGAGGGCGCACGCGUCUCAAUCCUCGCCAGAUCCGCCGGAAAGCUCGAGGAGGCUAAGAAAUCGAUCCAGCUCGCUACUGGCGUAGAAGUCGCCACGUUCUCUGCCGACGUUCGCGAUUACGACGCUGUGUCAAAGGCGAUUGACGAAUCGGGGCCGAUCGAUGUGUUGGUUGUUAACCAAGGUGUGUUUACGGCGACGGAGCUGGUGGAACAUAGUCCAGAGGAUGUCAAGUUCACGAUCGAUGUCAAUCUUGUUGGGAGCUUCAAUGUGAUUAAGGCUGCUUUGCCUGCAAUGAAAGCAAGGAAAGAUCGUGGACCUGCCUCCAUUACUCUCGUAUCUUCUCAAGCUGGUCAGGUGGGUAUCUAUGGUUAUACUGCAUAUUCAGCAAGCAAGUUUGGUCUUCAAGGUUUAGCGCAAGCAUUGCAGCAAGAAGUUAUUGCUGAUGACAUUCACGUCACUCUUAUUUUUCCUCCUGACACUGAUACACCAGGAUUUGAAGAAGAACAAAAGAGCAGACCUGAAGUCACAUCCAUAAUAGCUGCAUCCUCUGGUUCGAUGAAAACAGAAGAAGUAGCCAGAAAAGCUAUGGAUGGCAUAAAAGCUGGAAAUUUCACUGUCUCAUGCAACUUUGAGGGAUUCUUACUGUCUCUGGCGACAACCGGCAUGUCCCCUCAAAGAUCAUGUUGGCUUGCUUUUCUUGAAGUUAUAACCGCAGGGCCUAUAAGAUUAGUUGCUCUCUUCUUUCAAUGGGAUUGGUAUAAAGCCAUUGAAAAAUGGAGCAAAACCAAAACCAAAUAG